AUGAAGAGAUCAAGUCGGAUCCGGUGCAAGUUCGUGCGGAGGCUAACAAAAUUCCUCGGCGUCCCGCUGUCUCGAGAGGAGGAGAGAUCUGGUGUUGCCCAAGAGGUGGUCAGGUUGUGCAGCUUUGAGAUGCUUACUAGCCUACAAGUAAACCAGGUGGGUGGCAUUGAUCGUGGAAACAAAUGUUAUGUAGGUAAUUCUAUGUUUUUUAGAAAAGGAAAAGUUGGAGACUGGAGGAACCACAUGAGCCAGGAAAUGGGGGAAAAGUUAGACCGCAUCGUCCGAGAGAAGCUCCAGGGAUCAGGGCUCGCGUUUUGA